AUGCCAGGCCAUGAAGACGAUCAUGGCGUUGAUCCGGAUAAAAUGGAGCAGUUGCGAACUAUGAUGGACGCAUUUUUGACAGAAGAACAAAAGUUUCAGAUCUUUGGUCGCAAAAUCCAACCAAUGCCAAACUUUUUUUAUGAAUUACGAGACGAUGGCGGUGGAUUUCCGGUUGGUGUCAACUCUGUCUGGGCCACCAAGUACCUUCGAAGUAGUUUCGAACAAGCAAGCACUGAGCCUCAUGUGGACGAAGCACAACUGAAAGAACCUGAGUACCAAAUGUCGCACACCAAACUUAUGCAACGCCUACGUACAAAUGAUCCAAAUAAAUUGAUUGGUACACUGAUCCAUCAAGAAAAGUUGGCGACAUUGGUCCUCGUGCUAUCGUCAUACUACGGUGGGUUGCGCCAGAGCUACAGCAACCAGACCUAUUUCAUGGCACUACGCAUGUUGCAGUGGGGUUCGUUGACCUUGGCCUACUUCUGGAGGCCGAGUUGCAUGAUCCUUCAAGCACUGUCGUGUCAAAUAUGGGUGCGCCUCUUCACUUUUUGGGUAUAG